ACCAAGUAGCAUAGAUUCAUUCAUGGAUAUUCCUCCACUACUACAACAACUGUCCCUGACUAUUAGGGUUUUACCUUAUCCCCAACAUCAAUGGCGCUUUCUUCUCUCUACACACCAAAUUCCACUCUCUUCCCACCUCACUCUGUUUACUUAGGAUUCAAUUCAAUCAAAACAACAAGAAGCAGAAGAACCAGCUGUAGCAGGCUUCCUGUUUCAUCGUCACAUUCAAAUCCUAAAAUUCUCAAGUCCAAUCGCAGGUCUAGGUUCGGUCAGAGACUCUCACCUUACGAUAACGAUAACGAACACCAAGCUGUUGAUGAUGAUGAUGACGACGAAGACGAAUAUGAUUGGCUCUCCGAUGACCCUGGACCAGGUUUUGAUAAUGAUAAACACAAACGCAAGGCACAAGCCACAACUAAUGGCAGUAUCAACGGAGGCAGCAUGUACUCAAGGAUGGGUCGGAAACAAAAGAUUAACGGAAAUGGAAAGGUCAUGUUAGAUAGAAACAACUACACGGGGAAAGAUAAGCAGGAAUCAGGGAAAUCUUCAAAGAACAAAUAUCGGCGUUUACUAGACGACAUAGAUGUUGACGAAAAAUGGUUUCCAUUACUCGACUACCUCGGAACAUUCGGCCUCAAAGAUUCUCACUUUAUACAAAUGUACUCGCGACACAUGCCAUCACUUCAAAUAAACGUUACCGCAGCAAAAGAAAGACUGGACUACUUAAUGAGUGUCGGUGUAAAAACUAAAGACAUAAAAAAAAUACUCAUGAGACAGCCACAGAUCCUACAGUAUACGGUCGAAAGCAAUCUCAAAUCCCACGUGGCGUUUUUGGUCAGUUUGGGCAUUCAAGAUUCAAGAAUCGGGCAGAUAAUAACCGCUACUCCAUCUAUUUUCUCGUAUAGUGUGGAAAAUUCGUUAAAGCCUACGGUUCGGUAUUUAAUCGAAGAAGUCGGUAUUAGAGAAAGUGAUUUAAGUAAAGUUGUGCAGCUGAGCCCGCAAAUUUUGGUCCAACGGAUCGAUAAUUCAUGGAAUGCUCGGUAUCGAUUUCUUUCGAAAGAACUUGGAGCUCCCCGUGACAGUAUCGUUAAAAUGGUUACUAAGCAUCCACAACUUCUUCAUUAUAGUAUUGAAGAUGGUUUAUUACCGAGAAUUAAUUUUUUACGGAGUAUUGGAAUGCACAAUUCGGAUAUAUUGAAAGUGUCGACUAGCCUCACACAGGUGUUUUCACUAUCCCUUGAGGGAAAUUUGAAGCCGAAAUACUUAUAUUUAGUCAACGAACUUCAAAACGAGGUCAAGUCGUUGACCAAAUACCCUACAUAUCUAAGCUUAUCCCUAGACCAGAGAAUUCGUCCCCGUCAUAAGUUUUUGGUUGCGCUAAAAAAGGCUCCGGAAGGACCGUUUCCUUUGAGUUCAUUCGUUCCAAACGAUGAAAGCUUUUGUCAACAGUGGGCGGGAACUAGCGUAGAUAAAUAUUUAGCAUUCCGCCAAAGGUUAUUACUCAAAGAUUUAGCAAAAAAGUAUGAACGAUCGUGACCCUGCAUUUCCCGCCAAAAUUUUUGAUAGUUUAUUCCUAGUAGAAUAUAUUUGGGAUGAAUUUUUAUUGGUAGCUUAUGCGUUGUCGAUUGGCUUUUUGUUUUAAUGCAGGUAGUGAUCCGGUUUUAUUAAACUAGUAUUGAGACAAGUUGUAGCUCGUGCCAAGACCGUCUUCAAACUGAUGCUUUUAAGGUUAAAUUUGGUUCUACAAGAAGACGUUGGAAAUAGUUUACCUGAGGAAUAUCGAGGCUAGCUAGCCCCGGUUUAAUCUUUUUUGUAUACGUAUGAACACGCAAAGUAUGUUUUAUAAUUUCUUAUUAUUUUUGUAAAAUCUUGCAGGCAUGAAAUGUAAGUAGAAAGGUAUAGUUGUUAAUGGGGCGGGGCAUUCAUAUAGUUUCUGGUUCUGAUACAUGAAGGUUGAGUUUGUAUGUAUGAAAAACACUCUUUUUGCUUA